CAUGCCUAAUCUUCCUGUCACAAUUCUAUUCUACUAUUGAACAAAAAAUAUUCCUUCUUGCUUUACAUCCCUCCAAAUAUUCUCCAAGAAUUUGUUCUUUUAUUGCUUUAUUAAAGCACUCUUAUUUUUGUGCAUUAUAAAGCCUGCAACUUUAAGAACUCCCAUCAGGGAAAAAUUCUGAAAUUUUUUCCCGACAAGUGCUAAACCUGCAAAUGACAAGUUGCAGACCACUAGAAGUUCAUACAGAAGAUCAAACACCUCAUAAAUGGAUUGUUUCAUUAACUGAAGAAGUAUUCAGGAGAUUUUUGGCUCAGGGAAAUCCAAUAGUGCAUAAGAUAUUUGGUGAUGGGUCAUUGUUUAGCCCAUUGUUGUUUGGAAAAUAUUUUGAUCCUUCAGAUGCAUUUCCACUUUGGGAGUUUGAGUCAGAUGUUUUGCUGUCUAAUCUUAAGAGCUCUGGCAAGAAUGGUGUUGAUUGGUUUCAGACAGAUGAAGCUUAUGUACUAAAAGCAGAAUUACCAGCAGGAGUUGGGAUAAACACAGUGAGAAUCUAUGCUGAAAAUGGGAAGAUAAUGGAAAUUAGCGGACAAUGGAAGCAACAAAGAGAGUCAAAAGCAAAAGAUUGGAGAAGUGGGCAUUGGUGGGAACAUGGGUAUGUUAGAAGGCUGGAGCUGCCAGAAGAUGCAGAGUGGAGAAAAAUUGAGGCUUAUGUGAAUACUGACAUGAGUCUAGAACUAAGAAUUCCCAAGAACAAUUUGGACUGUGAUACUGAUGAAAAUAUGGCUAAAAUUCCUGAGACAGUGUAAUUAAAAGAAUAUGUCAAGAAACAUGUUAAAUCCUUAUUUGAAGCAAUCUUUUUUAA